AUGAGCGGGGACGAGCACUCCUCCGACGAGUCCGUGAUCGGCCGCGGCGUGUAUGAGGCGUCGCGGCAGGACAGCGCUAACGAGCGAGCCGUCAUCUGCGCCUCUGUGGAGGACCUGAAGGCCGAGAUGGGGGUGAGGUUCACGGAGGUGCUGGCAGCCGUGCGUGAUCGGGGCGGCGGGGCCGCCGCGGGUGGCGCUGCCGGAGCUGCACCAGCGCCCGGAUAUGGGGGCGCGCGUGCAGCUGCCGGCGGGGCGUCGGCGCCCACGUAUGAGGGCGCGAACGCGGGUUACGGGCUCCACAGCGUGGAGUCGAGUCCCGGGUUGCUGCAGGGCGCUGGUCGGUACGGCAGUGGGGGCGGCUUAGGCUUCACUCCCGCGAUUUCGUCCCCGUUUGGAGCGGGAGGCCUUAACGUCGACUCCGGGGGAUACGGGAUGGGCACGGGGAUGUUCCACGCCCA